GAAUCAGUGCAGUGUCGCGGGUUAGCGGUUCCCAUGCAUGGUCCAGCAAGGUCCGAAUCACGUGAUGUACAACAGUACUGUUACGACUCCGAGGCGAGUCAUAGUCAUACUCGGCAGAACCUACUUCGAAGUACACGACGCCGGAUAUGUUCUUUUCAGAGAGUCCUGAAAUAAUUGUUUCCUUUGAUAGCUGGUCGUCUCUUUCCAGCUGUUGGCUCUUCGAAAAAGGACAAGACACUACUUCUAAACUUCAGGACUCCCGGUGCUCCUAACAUCAAGUAGCGUUCUGUUCUGCAGUGCAAAUCAGCCACUAUACUAACGAAGAGCGAUGGAUCAUUGGAUGCUGAAUGAGAUGAUCCAUUUGUUGGUGGUCACGACGUUCUGCUUGUGCGAAUGCGGGGUCCUAGCGCAGCCACCACCGCCAGCCCAGACGGUCACCGUGUCGGUCAAUGGAUCGGCUGUGCUGGCAACGACUGGUGCUGGUCUCUUCAGCGGCAACUUCGACUGGCAUUUAAACAACGAAGAACCUCCAGCCUGGGACAACUGCAGCAUAAACAUAAUGAAAAUCAACGACACCAAAACUAUCUAUCUCGCCAGUCAGCUUUCACCAGGACACUUGCGAAUUGGUGGCUCAGAAGGCGAUGUGAUGAUCUAUGACAUCGGCGAGCACUUGCCGUGCAAACCAGGUUUCUGUCUAUCCAUGGAUCGAUGGCAACAAAUCGUAGCUUUCAGCCAGGAGACAGACUUGAAGCUGGUGUUUGGUUUGAACUGUAUGUAUGGACGUGCAAACAAGAGCGCACAGUGGGACAAGAGAAACAGCGAUGCAUUUCUUCAGUACACUGCGCAGCACAAACUGCCUGUGUAUGGCUUUGAGGUUUGCAAUGAGAAGCAGGGUCAGGUUCAUGCUGAUGUGAUGGCAGAUUCUUACCAAGAUGUUCAUGAGAUGCUUGUGAAAUACUGGCCGGACGUAGCGACAAGACCAAAGCUCAUCGGACCAGAUGAGAAUCCCAAUGCUGGAUUUCUGGAGGAGUUUCUCCCGCUAGUGGCAGAUGUGAUCGAUGCUGUUACAGUCCAUAUCUACACAGGCUAUGGUCUAGAUCACAACCUACCUGCACAGAUCACAACUGGCCAGUACUUGGACAAGUAUCAGAGCACAUUGGCUCCACUGGCAAAGGUGAUCAAUGACAAGGCACCGAAAGCUGAGAUAUGGAUUGGUGAAACAGCAGCAGCUUGGCAUAGCGGUCAGAUGAAUACCACCAACACAUUUCUAUCAGGAUUCUGGUACCUUGAUGCACUUGGCACUGCGGCAAAUAACAACGUCCAAGCAUUUUGCAGGCAAACUCUGAUUGGAGGCUACUAUGAGCUGCUGAAUAGGACAACUCGUGACCCCAAUCCCGAUUUCUACACUGGGUUGUUGUGGAACAAGCUAAUGGGAACAAAGAUGCUUCACGUCACAUCCACUGUGAGCAGAUCCUCACUGAGAUUGUAUGCAGCAUGUUCUGCGGCAUCUUUCCAGGCUAAAACACCAGGUUCAGUGACUGUGGCCUUUAUCAACAUUGCAGACACUGCAUUUUCAGCCAGUCCUGCAUCACUGGUUCACCGCAUAGACGGAAAAGAAAAUCUUGGUACUAUUGAGUAUCACUUGAUACCUGGCGAUGGGCAGAUGACUCUUCGCACAACCCAAAUGAUGCUGAAUGACAAGCUGUUGGAAUUGGAUGAGAACAAUAAGCUACCCGCCAUGGAUGGUCUUGUGAGGUCGGGACCUGUACUGAUCGCUCCGAAAUCAUACGGUUUUGUUGUUGUUCCCGAUGCCAAUGCAGAUGUCUGCACGUGAUGUCUGCAUGUGAUAUCUGCAAGUGAUAUAUGCAUGUGAUAUUUGCAAGUGAUGUCUGCAUGUGAUAUCUGCAUGUGAUAUCUGCAUGUGAUAUCUGCAUGUGAUAUUUGCAAGUGCAUGUGAUUGAAAUCUUUACUUAUCUCUUCCUGCACAAAACCGGCGAUAUAUUUAUUGCUGAGAAAAUAAUUUCUUUUUCACUGAAAUUGUCUCUUCAUUGUACGGCAUCAUCUAGCACAAAUUUCUUUCAUAAUAUUUACCGGUUACACUGUAUUCAAAUUUGCAGAAUUCUAAAGAAUAAAGGAGAAAAUCUAUAA